AUGAACCCUGAACAAAUAGACCAAUUACUUCGAAAUCAAGUAUCACAGCAACAACAAAUAACAGAAAUCCUGAAAUUUUUAGUUGAAACACGAAUUACCACACCCACACCAUUGAACAACAAUGGAACGGAAUUACAGGUAACUACCUCAACACCGACAGAAAUAAAUAAAAUAGCCAUCAUUAAUAAUUUUAGAGGAGACAAAUUUGAACCGUCAAGUAACUCGUCAAUUGAAAAUUUUAUCGAAUAUUUUGAAGCCAAAUGUAGAAUAGGGGGUGAAAGUUACUUAAAUAUACAGAAAGACCUUUUAUUAUCAUGUUUAAAACCUGAAACAUAUCACGAAAUUAAAACAGCACUAAUACCCUCAUUCGAAAAUUCUACCUACGAUGAUAUUAAAAAUAAACUACUAGAUAUAUAUAAAACACGUAAAACAAGAUACAAGGCAUUGACUGAAUUUUGGUCUUGUAUCAGAGAUACCUGUGAAAGCAUGGAACAUUAUGCCAAUAGGUUAAAAGAACUCAGCAAAGACUGCGGUUAUGAUGACACUAUAUUAGAACGACAGUUACGAGAUCGCUUCGCUACAGGGCUAAAUCAUCAACAAUUACAAAUUGAACUAAGACAAAAAUGGCCUGAUCUUAUAGAUACUCAAAACGGAAUAAAAACAGAAGUAACAUUUUUACAGUUAUUUGCUAUUGCUCAGUCUAGGGAACUAGCUGAAGCAGAUAUUAAUACAGAGUGUAACAUUAACAGAAUAUCUAACAAAACUGGAAACAGAAAAGAAGAAAACAUACGGAAACCAACACGCAAAUUACGCCUAGACCAAUGUCGCAGAUGCGGCAAGCACAAUAGACACAGCUUUGACAAAUGUGAAGCCAGAAAUCAUGAAUGUACAGAAUGUGGAGUUAUAGGUCACUUUGAAAGUUGCUGCAUUAAAACUGGCCGAGCGUACCUUGACAACUAUAAACCGUUUAAAAAAUCAACUAAGUUUCAGAAAAAUAGGCACUUAUACAUAAUUACAGAAAGAGCAAAUAUAACUAACAGAGUAUCACAAACACCAACUUCAUCAUUUUCAGGUAGCGAAGAAAGUGAGGAAGAGAGCAAUACCUACAAAAUACAAAAUAAAAAAACAAGCAGGUGUAAAAAAAUAGAUGUUAAAAUUAACGGUAUUAAGUGUACAAUGGAUUGGGAUCCAGGUUCCGUAUAUUCCAUCAUUAAUACUAAAAUGUGGAGAAAAAUUGGAUCACCCUCACUAAUGCAAGCACCCACAUUAAAAGCUUACUGUAACUUCAAACUAAAACCCAAAGGCUUAACUGAUAUUACUGUAGAAGUUGAUAACCGAAGUUUAAUAUUACCAGUAAUUGUAAUGAAGCAUGCUGAGCCAAUGCUCUUUGGCCUACAGUGGAGUGAAUCUUUUGAUAUGAUUUUUCCGGAACCCGUUUACUCUAUAAAAAAUAUUGCAAUGACAACGAACAUGUCACUUAGGCGUGUAUUAGAUGCUCACACUAGGCUCUUCGACGUCGCUGAUUAUUUAUCACGUAUGCCAAAUCAUAAAGAGGAACCUACAAGAGCUGAAUUAAGAAUUCAUAAAAUUGACGAAAUUACACAAUACGACAAAAUAAAUGAUUUAUCACUAACUCAACAACAUAUUAAGGAAGAAACCGCGAAAGAUAAUAGCCUUAAACAAGUAAUGCAAUUCAUUAAAACAGGAUGGAUAAAUUUAGUAAAGAAAGCAGAACUACAACCUUAUUUACGCAAACGUGAAGAACUUACAAUAGAAAACAAUUUAGUUAUGUGGCAGGGUAGAAUUGUGAUGCCGUACACAUUGCGCCUGCCCACGUUAAAAUAUUUACACAGAGGUCAUCCAGGAAAAUCACCAGCUCAAAUGAUGUUUGGACGCAGACUUACAUGUGAGUUAGACAAUGCCCGCCCGAAUCUAAAGCAUCAAUUGAGAUUUAAGCAAUUACAAGCAGACAUUUUGAACGAAAAUUCAAAAGCUUUUAGACCCGGAGAUAACGUUUAUAUUCGAGAUAAAGUGAUGAAACAGUGGAAGCCAGGUGUUAUUAAGCAGAGAACACAUAAAUACUCAUAUAAAGUCAAUACACCCGAUGGAACAGAAAGGCGAAUACAUGCAGAUCAUAUUAGGCCAAGAGCCAUGGAUAGAGAAAAUGAUACAAAAGCUGAACAUACACCAAUCAGCUCAACAUGGUUUGAACACAAAGCACCAAACAGAAAACAAUCAACCAAAAAAAAUUCAUCUGAAAAAUCUACGGAACCAGUGACUCCGAUAAAAGCCUCGAUUCCUAAUAUUACACCCACAGAAACGAUAACGAUACAAUCAACACCUAGACCCGGAAGCCUAAUAGCAGAAACAAUCGAACAAGACAGGCUAACCAAUGAAUCCAAUAAGGAUAGAGAAUAUAAAGCGAUACAACGACGUAGUAAACGUACUAUAAAACCGCCACGAAGGUUGAUUGAAGAAAUU